AUGUCCGACAACGGGGACGUCGAGGUCGCCGCCUUCCCUGUCCUGCCCAAGGAGGUUCUGGCCGAGCAGGGCAGCAUCAAGCUGUUCAACAAGUGGAGCUACGAUGAUGUCGAGAUCCGGGAUAUUUCCCUGACCGACUACGUCCAGAUCCGCUCCCCCGUCUACCUCUCCCACUCUGCCGGUCGCUAUGCCGCCAAGCGUUUCCGCAAGGCUCAGUGCCCCAUCAUCGAGCGUCUCACCAACUCUCUCAUGAUGAACGGCCGCAACAACGGAAAGAAGCUCCUCGCUGUCCGCAUUGUCGCUCACGCUUUCGAGAUCGUCCACAUCAUGACCGACCAGAACCCUCUCCAGGUCGCCGUUGACGCCAUUGUCAACUGCGGUCCCCGUGAGGACUCCACCCGUAUCGGUAGCCAGGGUACCGUCCGUCGCCAGGCCGUCGAUGUGUCUCCCCUCCGUCGCGUGAACCAGUCCAUCUCUCUGCUCACCAUCGGUGCUCGCGAGGCCUCUUUCCGCAACAUCAAGAGCAUUGCUGAGUGCCUUGCUGAGGAGCUGAUCAACGCCGCCAAGGGUUCUUCCAACUCCUACGCUAUCAAGAAGAAGGACGAGCUCGAGCGUGUUGCCAAGAGCAACCGGUAA